GUAUUGCUUGAUUGUUCUACCCCUGUUCCCACUCUCCCUACCCCCCAUGUUCUGUGAUUACCGGGACUUCUCAAGUACCGCAUGAUGUCGACGGAACAGGACACCGGGGCACUGCCACGACGCAGUGCCAGAAUCGCAGUUCGUGCCCGCCCUGCAGUACCUCCAAGACCGACGAAACUCAGCAGGUGGACGACUCCAGCAGCAUCAAGUACUGCAUUGACGGUACAAGACGCCACCGGAGAUCAUCCCGCAUACCCAGUCCGAGGAGCCAAUGAGCCAGCGGCUGAUUAUCGUGGGCGGCUACUGGCAUUUACGGAAGCCGUAGCUGCCGUUGAGGCCCGGAAGGAGACAGCAGAGGCAGAACGUCAGCGGCUAGCCAAUGAAGCGGCAGCCGAAGCUCAGCGAACGAGUGAGACUGAGGCAGAGACACGAGACAGACGGAAUGCCAGCAGCACGGAGUCCUUAAUUGCUUGUGAGCAUCAGUGGACGACGAUACUCCAAGGCAUGAUCUUUGUGCUUACGGAAGCGCAGGCAGACCCGACACCGGCGGAGGCAGAGAGAAGUAACCUGGCUAACUUGCUGUUGGGCAUGAUGAGAGGUAUUAUGUGGAAUAAUACACUGCUGCAUUCACAUCUGCGCACGGACGCGACGCAGCGACAAACAUACAAGAACGAUAUGACUGCGUUAAUCCGCACAGAGGCAACGCAGCAGCAGCAACAACAUCAUCUGUUGAAUUCCACUAUCACACGCGUCAACAGCAUAGAGGCUAACGCCUCAGCAGUGCCAGGCUGCACGACAGACGUGAUGAAGCAACUCAACGAGCGCAUCGAUCACGUCGUCACCAUCAUCGGCGACAUAAAGAUUCAGAGGAUGACGAGCGAUUCAGCGAAGGACUAUCUGUUUAAGUUUGGGCCAGGAGCUGAAGGUCAAACCCACACUCUAGGUUGGGAUCAGCUGCAUGAACUUCUUAUUGAAGCAGGGGCACAGAGGCAGUAUGCAACAGAAGAGUGGGUGCAGAAUCAUUACCGUUGGAUCGUGUGGAAGCUGGCAUGCUAUGAGCGGCGGUUCCCUGCAGCAUGCGCCGGGAAACUGAUCUCCAUUCACAAUGUAUUUAAUCAGCUUAAGUACAGAUAUGAACGAGAAGUGAAUCAAGGCAGCCGAUCGGCCCUGAGAAAAAUCACAGAGCGGGAUGCUUCAGCGGGGAAAACAAUGGUUCUCUGCAUCUCUGCAGUACGAGAAUGGGGCCACGAUUCAGAUGAAGAGUUUGAGCAAAAGGGGAGAUGGGCCCAGAAGAAUCCUGAAGUGCUGGAGGACACCACAAUAUGUGAGGGUGACAGAAAGAAAAAGGUUUCUGACGAGUCCAAAGGAGACAAGGAAGGAGGUACCCAUGAGGUCAGAGUGGCGGAACUGAAGGAGGAGGAUUCUGACUCAGGAUUUAAACCUGCAAAGAUUGAGCUGACGGAUGGAUGGUACUGGAUAACCGCUCAGCUGGAUGCAGCGCUUUCACGCCACUUGCGAAAGGGGAAGCUCUUUGUAGGUCAGAAGAUUAAGAUAUGUGGUGCUGACCUGCAUGGAUGUGCUGAUGGUGCUCCACCAUUGGAGGCCUGUCGAAUGGCAGCAUUGGCGCUACAAGUCAAUGCUACCCGCAGAGCUCACUGGGCAGACCGUCUGGGGUUUUGUCGACAUGUGGCACCACCUCUCUCACUGCGCUGCAUCAAGCCUGGGGGAGGCCUUGUCCACAUGACCAUGCUCACGAUUUCACGGAUCUACCCACUUGUCUGCUUGGAAAAAACCGCGGAUGGGCGUAUGAUAACAAGAUCCUCCCGGGCAGAGGCUGCUGAAGUACGGAAGUGUGAAGAAAAGCGUGCACGCAUAGUGGAGGAAGUGGCCAUGAAGAUGCAUGAGAAGGUCAAUGAAGUUGGAGUUCCACUUUCUGGGGGAAGGAGCUACAGAAAUAAUGAGGGAGCAAGGUUACAGGCUCAGCUUGCUAGCGCUGCAGACCCCGAGAGCUUCCUGGAAGGAAUGACAGCCGAGCAGCGUAGGGCUCUUCAGGUUUUCUCGGCCCAACGACAGGUGCUCAAUCCUUUACUGUACAUCAAAGACGAAGCUGGAGCUAUGGCGCCACAGCGAGUGGGAAGAGGAGGAAGCCGCCCGCCAGCAGGCAAUCCAACGCAGCUGGCAGAGGCAGAGGCAGCACGUCAGCAGGCCGCAGCCGAAGCUGCAGCAGCCGCGCGGUUGCAGCAGCAGCAGGUCGAGACAAGUCAGAAUCAAGCUCAUUACCAGGCCACAAUGGACCUCGCAAAAGACGAAGCCACGUACCGCAGGCUACUUCGACGACAGCAUUUCCAAGCAACCGAAGACCAAGCAGAGCCGACCGAGGAAGAGAGCGACAAGGAAGCUACAGCAGUAUUGAUGGAAAACCUGCUAUACAUAUGCAACUGGCAGCAACGCGAAAUGCUGGCCAUGCGGCAGAUCUUCAUCCGCUAUGAAACAACGUUUCGGACGCAGGAACAGAUCACCGCCUUGCAGAACGCAAACAGCCAGCAGCAGGCCAUCAACAACCAGCUGCAGACCACGGUCAGCACAGGGUUGGCACGACUGUCCGCAGUUGAGUCAGCAGGCAGUGCAGUGGCAGACUGCAGCCCAGCUUUGGCUGUGCAGGCCAAGCAACUCGAGGAGCGGAUCAACCACGUGGUAGCCUCCCUUGGCGACAUCAGCAUGUUUGCUGGAGCAAUCAGCUGCAGACGCUCAGCGACCGCGUUCAGCAACGACCGGCCGCCGUCGCCAGGAAUGGAAGAUCCUGAGCUUCAAGAUCGAGAAGCUCGACGAUUACCACAAGACCGAUCCGCUGCAGUGGUGGAUGGCAUUCAAUGCAGAGUACCACCUCCAUCGACGGACGGUGGAGUAGCGGUUGUUGAUCUUCGUAACUAUGUAGCGAAGAUCGACCACAAGCAUGCAACGCAACGCCACGGCAUUCCGGAAGACAUCGUCAGCGACCGUGACACUCGUUUCAUGUCAGCCUUUUGGACGGCACUCAUGGUGGAAUCCGGCACCAGCAUGAAACUGAGUUCCGCACGGCAUCCUCAAACGGAUGGGCAAAUGGAACGUGCGCACCAGACUGCGCAGAUGAUGCUCCGCACACUCAUUAGCCCGGAUCAGAAGGACUGGAUUGACCGCCUUCCCGACAUCGAGUUCGCCUACAACACUUCGGUGCACCCGGCGAUUGGCGUGACUCCAUUCAAGUUGCAUCACGGUGGACGGAAAGGACGUAUCUUCGCAGACAUUUUGCUUCCACGGGCUGCCAAUAUCGACGCCGCUUGCUCCCCGCUUCUACACGGAAGUACAGGGACCUGUUGGCCAAAGCCCGCGCAAAUAUGCAAAAGGCUCAGGUCGCGAACGGAGUUCCAGCUAUGGCGCCAGGUAAGUCCGCCGUCCGCAGGUCAUCGUCAAUCUCGAAAGUCGAGUAGACCGCGGUACAGUGAUCCGGACGCUGUGAAAGAGCAUCCGCAACUUCUCGGGAAUGUGAUCGGGAAAGAAGUCGAACUGGUCGAUGAAAGCCAUCCAUGGAACUAUGGUGCUGUUGACGGUCUCUUGGGUCUUGUAGAAGACCAACGGAUUGUUGUCUGUUACCCAGCGAAAUUGGCUUCGACCAAGGAGGAAGUGCCGCCACCGCUUGAGCGCGUGGACGAAGGCGAGGAGCUCCUUCUUGCGUGCAUCGUCAAUGGAAUGCACGAGUGGCACUUUCUUGCUGAAGUACUCGACCGGGUGCCAGUCCACACCAUCAUGUUGCUCGAGGACUGCACCAAUGCCAUAGCCUGACGCAUCCGUAGUGACACGUGUAGGCGCGAGCGGGUCGUAUAUCGGCAAGACCUCCGC